AUGUAUAUUGCAACAACAUUACAAUUUGAAAAAGGACCACGAAAGGUAAUAAAGCGUGCUUGGGAACGUUCACCGUUUAUGGUUGCAAAACGGAAUGCUCGAGAACGAACACGAGUUCAUGCUGUUAAUCAGGCUUUUGUUGCGUUAAAGUUUCAUCUGCCAACAAUACGAUCCAAUACAAAACGAGUACCGAAAUUGAAAAUUCUACAGGCUGCUAUUAAUUACAUUGCUGCGCUAACUGAUUUACUUCGCGGAAAUGCAGAUUUUUUGAAGCUUAAUGCAUCAAACUGUUGCUCGGAGAACACCAUCAAUGCUCCAUCUCGCUCUAAACGUAAUAAUCAAGUAUCGAAUAAAAAUAAUGUGAUGAAAAGAGAAACACAACAACGUCAACAACGCACCAUACAUCAAAACAUCUACGAUGCUGCUCAAUAUUACAAUAAGCAGUACUGGCUAACUGGCCAUCCUGUAUUAAAUUAA